AUGAAACCGCUAUACUUUUACGCGCUAUUCUUAGCAGUUGUCGCCCAGGAGUCGCUACAGCAGGCUAUCGACGGCCAAAACAACGGUGGCGGCAGCAACACGAAUAACGGAACCAUCACAGCUACUUCGGCGACUUCGGAAUCUUCAUCGAGCUUGUUCUCGUCGUUGUCGUCGUCGUCUGGAACGUCGCUUUUCACGGCAUCAUCUUCCGUCAGCUCAGCCACCUCGUCUGUGUCGUCCUCGUCGUUGUCAUCGUCCUCUGUGUCUUCAAGCACACAGUCCGGUUCCAGGUCUUCCAGCAUCCCGUCAUCCUCAGCAUCUUCCACCAUCGCCGCUCAAACUUCGUUGACAUCCAUAUCAUCAGGUACGAGAUCCAGCGCCAGCAGCAGCAGCAGCAGCAGCAGCUCCAGCUCGGCCACGCGAUCCUCUUCCAGCUCCAGUGGCUCUUCCUCAGCGUCGAACAGCAGCUCUUCCUCAGGAUCAAGUGCUUCUCCGAGCUCCAGUGUGUCAGGACCCGCGUCCACAUCGUCUUCGACACCGUCGUCUUCAUCGUCAUCUUCAUCGUCCACCACUUCAGAGGCGUUGGAGACGAGCUCCACCAGCGGUAACCAGGCCUCGUCCACCACAGAUGCUCCGUCUACCACCAGAUCCCAGGUUAUCACCACCACAGUCGACGGCAGAACGCUCGUUUCCACCGUGUAUUACACUGCCAGCAGCACAGCAGGGACGACAAGCUCGAGCAAAAGCUCGGGACUUUCCGACAAAAAUCGCAAGAUCGUGAUCGGAUGCGUCGUGGGUAUUGGUGUGCCCUUGCUGCUUGCGUUCCUAGCGUUCCUGUACUUCUUCUGCGUCAGAUCCAAGAAAACUAACUUCAUCAAUUCCGAAGGACAUGUUGUCACGGCUUAUAGACAAAAAAAACUGAUCAGGUGGUGGUAUUCGCUAAUGGGCAAAGACAUCAGCAACGAAUACGAAGGCGACACACCCAUAGGCGGAACAUCAGACCUCGACGAAGAGUCCGAAGACCAUGGCCAUCGCAGCAACGGAGUCAGUAGGAACCCUACAGACGGCCGGGGCUCCAAUCAUAACGAAUUGAUGCUGGACGAGGAGAAAUACUACGACGAGAACGGCAACGAGCUCAACGCCCGGAACUACUGA